AGGUACGUCACUGGCAAGCGCUCCAUUUCAACUGAUUCGAGCUCUUCACCAGAUCGCCGGGAUGGACAGCCUCGACGAUUUUGAGAGAGCGUUGGCUGCUGCAAGGGCUGAGCGCCAACAAACUGCACAGGAGAAGGAGGAGCGUCGCGAACGAAAACAUCGACACCAUCGACAUCAUCGUGAACGGUCUUCGGAUCGCGACAGGACCGGCGACAAGCACAGACACCGGGAUCGAGACCGAGAGACGGAUGAGCAAAGGGACCGCAAUGGCGAAAGGGACCAGCAUAGCCAUAGUCGAUUUCGAGACAAUGACUCGGACGAGAACAGGCACCGCCACAAGCGCUCGCGCCAUUCGCGAGACGAAGGAGACGAGGAGUCCAGGGAUCGGCACAGGCAUCGACGCAGGUCGAGGGAACGCUCAAAGGACCGUGAAAACGACAGGCGCUAUAGGCGCCCGAGAAAGGAUACCAAAGAUCUGAAGCUGUCGGAUCCGAAACAGGAUCUCCCGCUUCCCGACGAAGAGAAAACGCCUGACAACGCCACACCUCUUGUCCGAGACUCGUGGAUGACUGCGCCCUCGGCUCUAGAUGUCGACUACAUUCACAGAGAUGUUAAGAGGAAGAGGCCGUCGCCGGUCCGACAAGAACCGCAAAAGGUGAUGCACAAACGAGAGCUUAACACGAGACUUGGCGAGGUGCAGGAUCCCGACGAGGUCAAAGAGCCGGCUGCAAUAGGUGUGAAUUACAAAUUCGGCGACGAGGGCUCCCAGUGGAGGAUGACGAAGCUCAAGGCGGUCUACACCAUUGCAGAACAGACGGGCAGUUCCAUUGAUGACGUCGCCCAAGAGCGCUUCGGCAGCCUGCGGGAGUUUGAUGAUGCCAGAGAGGAGAGGAUGGAGAUGGACAGGCUUGCCGUGUACGGCGAAGGAUACAUCGGCAAAGAGAAGCCUACUGGGGAGCUGUACGCCGAACGGAUGUCCAGGACCCGGCCGGAACCAGCGCGCUCACCGUCUCCCCAGCUCAAGCAGGGUCUAGUAAUCGAAGACAUGAUUCAGCCCGCUCCUCCAAUGGACCAAUCCACCCUCAACCGCAUGCGCGCCCAGCUCAUGAAGGCGAAGCUCCGCAACGCCCCCGACGCCGCGAAGCUAGAAGCCGAAUACAAUGCCGCCAUGGCGGCCUUCAGCACCGGCGCAGCAUCCUCCAACGCCGUGGUUCUUGACGCCUCGCACAACCGCAUGCUCGCCGGCUCCCGCGGCGAAGUCAAAGCCGUCACCACCAAGCGCGGUGUCGAGCGUGGUCAAGUCGAAGCCAACGAAGACAUGACCGUUGAGGACAUGAUCCGCGAAGAACGUCGGACGCGCGGCCAACCAGGCGGCGAAGGUCUCCGCCUCGCCGAGCGCAUCGCCAAAGACGCCCGCUUCGACGACGACCUCGAGUACCUCGACGAGAACGCAGCCAAGCUAGCCACGCGCGUCCACAAGACCGACACGGCCCUCAAAAACAUCGCCGUGACCGAGUACAAGAAACUCAACCGCAUCCUCGACACCUGCCCGCUCUGCUACCACGAAGACCGCGCCCCGCCGCAAAACCUCCCCAUCGCCCCCGUCCUCGCCCUCGCAACACGCACCUACCUCACCCUGCCCCCGGCCCCAGAACUAACCGGUGCCGAAGGCGGCGCCGUCAUCGUGCCCCUGUCGCACCGCACCAACCUCCUCGAAUGCGAUGACGACGAGUGGGAAGAAAUCCGCAACUUCAUGAAGAGCCUGACACGGCUCUACCACGACCAGGGGCGCGAGGUCCUCUUCUACGAGAACGCGGCGAGCCCGCACCGGCGGCUGCACGCCGCCAUGGUGGCGGUGCCGAUCCCCUACGACCUGGGCGAUACCGCGCCGGCCUUCUUCCGCGAGGCCAUGGUCUCGGCCGACGAGGAGUGGGCGCAGCAUCGCAAGGUGAUUGACACGAGCAAGAAGGCGAGGGAGGGACUGGGCAAGCUGGCGUUUCGUCGGACCCUGGCCAAGGAGAUGCCGUAUUUUCAUGUGUGGUUUGAUCUGGAUGGCGGGCUGGGGCAUGUCGUGGAGGAUGCGGAUCGGUGGCCUAAGGGGGAUUUGUUCGCCAGGGAGAUUGUUGGGGGGAUGCUUGAUACCGAGCCGGAUGUGAUUAAGCGGCAGGGGAGGUGGACGCGGAAUGAUGAGCGGGUCGAGGGGUUCAAAAAGAGGUGGCGCAAGUUUGACUGGACGAGGGUAUUGACCGAAGGCGGAUAGUCUUGUUAUGGUGAAGGUGAGGAUUCAUCAAGGCUAUCAGAUAGCCCUUCAAUGCACAUCAACAUGUAUAAUUUUGGCAUAAAUGCACCC